AUGAUGAAAAGUGAUACAGCAAAAAAUAUGAUCCAUAAUAAACAGUAUCCAUAUUGCCAUAUUCCUAAUAUGAAAAAUGAUGAUGAUGAUACAAUAAUUCCUCCACAUGAAUUUAUUCAUCGAAUGAUUAGACCACAAUCAGCAAGAUGGUUUGGUGAACAGAAGCAAUCACAUGGCCGAUGGCCUCUUCGUGAAUUUUCUGGGCAUGGAGAUCUUCGUUUACCAUUCAUUUUCCCGUAUGCUUUACAAGCAAACUCUUCAAAUACACCAUUGAAAUCUAGAGAUGAACGAAAUUAUUUAAUGUCAAAUUCAACUCAUCGUCAAAAAACUCUCGUUCAACCAAUAGCUUCUGAAAAAGUUCAUUCAUCGACACAAUCCAAUUCAACUAUUAAUAAAUCAUCACCAUUAAAUUUUUCUAUCGAAAGAAUAUUAGGUAAAAAUUCUUCACCAAAAGCAACAACAACAACAACGACAACAACAGUAUCAUCAUCAUCAUCUACAACGACAAUAAGUACAACUGUAGUUCAUGGCCGAGGUCAUAAAUCCUUACCAUAUCCAUUGCGAAAAGAAAAUGGAAAAAUCAUCUAUGAAUGCGUUCAAUGUCAUAAAACAUUUAGUCAAUUAUCAAAUCUUAAAGUACAUUUAAGAACACAUACCAAUGAAAGACCCUUUGUAUGCACACAAUGUCCAAAAUCAUUUACACAAUUUGCACAUCUUCAAAAGCAUACACUUGUUCAUUCAGGUGAACGACCACAUUCAUGUCAAUAUUGUCCAAAAAGGUUUUCAUCAACAUCAAAUUUAAAAACUCAUCUUCGUUUACACACUGGAGAUAAACCAUAUUUAUGUCCAAAUAAUUCAUGUUCAGCACGUUUUACACAACUUGUUCAUUUAAAAUUACACAAAAAAACACAUCUCGAUGAACAAACUAUAUCGUCCAAUUCAUCAUCAUCAUCAUCAUCAUCUUCAACAUCAAGCAAUAUCAAUUUCAAUUCAAUCUUAUAG